ACCACAACAAAGCAAAAAAAUUGAGCCUUGUCAGUGCCUUUUGCUCACAUUUUGUCCAAUUUUCCCGCAGUUUUCUUUGCUCGUAAGUCGUGAUGUUUAACGUCGGCAACAUUAAUGCGUUCGGAAAGAGUUCGCGACAAGGACGGAGCGAGAAGCAACAGCAAGUCCGAGAUUUGAAAGAUUUGCGGAGUAAGAGCGAUGCCCGGCUCCUCGAAUUGCUCCAGGGACAGAGACACAUUCUCCUUCAAAAGAGUUUGAUGGCAAAGCUGGCUGACGGAGGCGAGAAAAUAAAAGGCCUGGUUAAUCGUAUUGAGGAGGAACUAAAAUACAGAAAAGAACUGAAGAAUGCCGGUGCCCAGAAUUUAGCAGCCAAUUUUGGAGAAAGAAGCGAGUGGAACAUCGGCGAUGAGGAGGUGAAACUUGCAUUGCCGGAAAAAUCUUCUGAUCCUCUUUUAAUUUAUUUGACGAAACAAAAAACAAAUAUGAAGAUUAUGGACCCAUUUGCGGAGCAAAUUUGUUCGAAAUUCGGUUCUCCAAAGAACACGCUUCGGUCGGACUUUCAGCAACUCGCUUGGCAGUUGGUUCCAGUUUCCAACACAGAAAUUAUUGAGCUCAAAGCAAACACACAGCUUGCAUCCUGGAGGCAAUUGGCUGCUGUUAUUGAUAGUGAUGAAAGUGACGCUGAAGACGAAGAGCAAAGUGACGAAGAAGUAGACCCAGAAAUAAAGGCUGAAGAAGAAGACGCUCCUCUUUUAAAUUAUUUGACGCAACAAAAAUCUAUUAAAAUGAUGGACCCAUUUGCGGAGCAACUUUGUUCAAAAUUCGGCUCUCCAAAAGAACACGCUUCGGCCAGUAGAAGACUUUCGCCAAGCUCGGGAAGUAGUGUGGAAAAUCACAGCACGCAGGAAAUUCCCAUUAGAGACUCUUUGCUGCUGCAGAAAAAAAAUCAUGCAGAAUCUAAACUCCUCAAAGCAAACACGCAGCUUGCAUCGUGGAGGCAAUUGGCUGCUGUUAUUGAUAGUGAUGAAAGUGGCGCUGAAGACGAAGAGCAAAGUGACGAAGAACUCAAAGCAAACACGCAGCUUGCAUCGUGGAGGCAAUAAUUGGCUGCUGUUAUGGAUGGUGAUGAAAGUGACGCUGAAGACGAAGAGCAAAGUGACGAAGAAGUAGACCCAGAAACAAAGGCUGAAGAAGAAGACGCUCCAGAGCUACCUGAUUUCGACGAUGCUACAAUUUCAGAAAGAUGAAUUAAUUCUUCCAGAUUUUUUUGUUAUUACACAACUGAAUCUCGUCUCUUCGUCAUAUUUUCAUUUAAUUAAAUAAGAAACAUUAACUAAUAUUUUUCUCACCAUG